GCAGUGACAAUGGCGGAUACUAUCAUCAACAGCUUACCUCCAACACACGAAACCAAAUCUCCCUAUUAUUUCCAUCCAUAUUUUAUUCACCAGUUCACCCAAUACGUCAACACCACAUUCGAGAAACUCAGCGAAGCCAAAGACAACUACGUCUUCUGGAGAAUCCGAUUUCUCGAUUUACUCAAAUACACGAACAAGAUCGGGUUCAUCGACGGUACUCUCGAGAAACCAGACCCUUCCUCGCCGUACUACGAGCCAUGGAAAAAAUGCAACUCGAUGAUUCUGUGCUGGCUGAUGAACUCGGUGACCGAAACGCUUCUAAACCAUGUUCUGCACGCUGAGACUGCUCAUAAAGCGUGGGAAGAUCUUAGGCGUGUGUUUGUUCCAUGUUUUGAUUCAAAGAUCUUCGAGCUUCGUCGGAGUCUUGCGACGCUGAGGCAAGGUGGUGACUCUGUGGAAGAGUAUUAUCGGAAGUUUAGUAAAGCUUGGAUGGAGUUGUCGGAGUAUGAUCCUGUCCCCGAGUGUAACUGCUGUGGUUGUAACUGCGAGGAUGCGAAACGAGCUGAAGAGGCGAGAGAGAAGGAGCAGCGUUACGCGUUUCUGAUGGGUUUGAACAAAGAUUUGGACUACGUGAGAACGCGAAUCAUGUACAAGAAGAAUCCUCCGUCUCUUCACGAUGCUUACGUUAUGGUUAAGCAUUCAGAAUCGAUGAUAAUUGCAGGUCGAUCAUCAUAA